UUGUAGCUGGUUGUCAUCUACGGUCCACUACGGUUUUGAGAGCUAUAACACAGGAUGCUUCUUAAGACGCUUUACAAACAAAGUGCUGAUUCAUCUGUUGUUUUGAAUGGAGGUUGAACGCCCGUCAGGCCGCUGUGACUCUGUGACGUUCCCUCAUUCCCUCCACAGAAACACAGCAAACAUUCUCUUUAAUCCCAUGUUAUCUUUGUUUCCUCUGCCAGCUGUUUACUGUCAUUCUAAAUGGCACAUCAAAGAAACAUCUGGGUAUUUUGUGCUUCUUAAGUUUACAUGAUCCCUUUAUGGAGGGAACCAGCAGCAGUUGUCACGUGAUCUGGUCUCCACUAAAGGCUCAAACCUGCAGAGCUGCUGCUGUUCUCACACGUUCUCCCCAAAACGCUUCCUCUUCACUUCUGAGGAAACAACCACAAGAUGCAAAGAGGAACGACUUAAAACCAAAAAGUGACUUCUGCAUUAAUCCAAAAUUAGACUACGGACACUUUUUAAAUGUGGCACCAGUUAACAGAACGAUGUCAGAGUGAUCACAUGACAUGUGUGCAUGCUUCAUGUUCAGGAAGGAGUCCUGUGAUGAAACACAAAGAGGCUCAAAGCUGCGUGAAGCCGGAUCAGGACCAAACUGAGAGCGGUUCUGUAGAGUCUGCAUGAGUCCUGAUCUCUAAGUGAUUAAUAACUAAUCAAACGUUCCUCACAGUAACGUCUGAUGAACACGAUCCCUUAUGGAGGGAACCAGCAUGCUGAGUCCUCACGUGAUCUGGUCUCCACUAAAGGCUCAAACCUGCAGAGCUGCUGCUGUUCUCACACGUUCUCACCACAACGCUUCCUCUUCACUUCUGAGGAAACAACCACCAGAUGCAAAGAGGAAGAAACUCAUCCUCAGAGCUCCGACACGUCGUCUCUAUGAGCACGACGAGGAAGUGACGCUGUGCAACCAGAGGAAGCAGAAGCUGCAUCUGUGAGGAAGAAGCACUCGGUCAGACGCCUUGAGGAGCAGAGACACCAUGGUGGAACUCAGAGGGACUCAAAGGACUUUAUGUGUGAUGCUGCUGCUGCUUCAGGCUGCAGUAAGAGGACAAACCCCCCCUGUCCCCCGCUUCCUCGUCAGAGCCGGAGAUGACGUCACUUUGCCUUCUAAUCAGGACAGAUGUAACGGAUCUACUUGGCUUCACAGUCGUAGUGAUCCAGCUGUGGAGCUGGUUACACUUGGGAAGAUUAAGAAUAACGCUUUGAUUCCAGAAGCUAAAACCAACAGACUGAGUUUGACAGCAAACUGUUCUCUGGUUAUAAGAAACGUCUCAGGUGAAGGUGUUGGUCGUUACACCAACAGACAUUAUGAUGAAGGAGGAAAACAUCAAGGUCCAGAUGGUGUGGUCUCUCUGUACGUGUUUACAAUGGAGGAAAAGGACUACGGGGGUCUGGUUGUGUUGUCCUGCUUUGUGUUGAGAUUCUCUGAGUGUGAACACACAGUAAAGUGGCAUUAUGACGGCAAACAGACUGAUGUGACGACAUCACACGUUGCUUGUGAAGCCAAUGUGACGUUUAAAGCUCCUCUUCAUCAGAAGUCAAAGUAUUAUAAGUCACUGAGAUGUGAAGUGAGAGACACUCGGAGUGGAAAAACUCUGCUGUUUGAAGCCUGCAGUCAGUUCUCAUGUGAACAAACAGUAAGAGGACAAACCCCCCCUGACCCCCGCUUCCUCGUCAGAGCCGGAGAUGACGUCACUUUGCCUUCUAACCAUGUGGAUCAGGACAGAUGUGACGGUUCUACUUGGCUUUACAAUCGUACUGAUUCAUCUGUGGAGCUGGUUACACUUGGGAAGAUUAAUAAUAACGCUUUGAUUCCAGAAGCUAAAAGCAACAAACUGAGUUUGACAGCAAACUGUUCUCUGGUUAUAAGAAGCGUCUCAGGUGAAGAUGUUGGUCGUUACACCAACAGAGAUUUUAAUGAAGCAGGAAAACAACAAGGUCCAGAUGGUGUGGUCUCUCUGUCCAUGUUUACAAUGGAGGAAAAGGACUACGGGGGUCUGGUUGUGUUUUCCUGCUUUGUGUUGAGAUUCUCUGAGUGUGAACACACAGUAGAGUGGCUUUAUGACGGCAAACAGACUGAUGUGAUGAUGUCACACGCUGCUUGUGAAGCCACUGUGACGUUUAAAGCUCCUCUUCAUCAGAAGUCAAAGUAUUAUAAGUCACUGAGAUGUGAAGUGAGAGACAAUCAGAGCGGAAAAACUCUGCUGUUUGAAGCCUGCAGUCAGUUCUCAUCUGAACAAACAGGAGGCCCAUCGGGGGAGGGAAACAUUACACCACCUGCACCACCAGUCUCCUCAGGUAGUAAAGGAGGAGGAGGCCCAUCGCGGGAGGGAAACAUUACUCCACCUGCACCACCAGGAGGCCCAUCGGGGGAGGACAACAUUACACCACCUGCACAGAGCGACUCUUCAUCAGUCUGGUGGCCGUGGCUCGUCAUCCCGCUGGUGGGUUUAUUGGUCCUCUUCAUCAUCCUCGUGGUCUUCAUCAGAUGGAGAAAUCAAGGGAAAAGAACACAGACGGACGAAAACAUCGCCGACCCCGAGGAAGGCGUAGCCUACGCCUCCGUCAGCUACACCAGGACGGCCGGCGGAGGAGCCCGGGCUCGAGUCAAAGAUGGCGACGAUGCGGUGACUUACUGCACUGUGAAAGCUCCGCCUCCUGCUUCUUCUUCUGGUGCCGGAGCCUCCGUUGAUCCCAGUGACCUCUACGCGGUCGUCAACAAACCCAACAAAUAAGAGGCUACGUUGAUGAUUGUAAACCAAGUCAAGCUUUCUUCAUCACGUUCACUCACUGCUGAGAUGAAUUGAGCCAUUUAGUAAAAUGUUUAGAGCAUUUUACAUUCAUUGAUGAUUUUAUUUGAAUAACCUGAAUGUUCCCACCAGAUAAAUCAGAUUAUUAUUGGAAAAAGGAGUAAAACAAGACUGAAAAUGUAAAUAUGAUAAUAUUAACACAUAGUUUUGCAUUUAAAGUGCGCAUUUUUGAUUACAUUUUACAUUUUUUACAUUAUGAUCAUUUUGUUAUGAUAGUAUGAUUUAUUCCUUUUGCAAUUGUUGGAUAAAAAAAAGCCUUUCUAUCCAGAACAGGGUGUAGUAAGUUAACGUGUUUUAUAUUUAUUGAUAAUUUUAUUUGAAUAACCUGUUCCCACCAGAUCAAUCAAUGGAGGCAUACUGAGAAUGUAAAUAUGAUAAUAAUGAAACAUAGUUUUGCAUUUAAAGUGAGCAUUUGACCACGUUUUUUUACAUUAUGAUAAUUUUGUUGUGAUAAUUUGUUGUUUGUUGGAUUUGUUGCUUUUGCGAUUGUUCUUCAUGUCCUCAUGAAAUAAACUAGUAACAUAUAGUUUAUCAGGGUUCAUAGUCCAGAUUAAUUGUUUUUUAUUAUAUAUUCCUGUAAUAGUUUCACCUCGUGGAUGUUGAGUUUGCUUUGAACUAAAUAAAAGACAGAAAGGAA